AUGAGCCCAAACAAGUCAUCGUGGGAGGUGGAGGUCUCGGAGAAGACUGGACCUCCUGUCCGAUGGAGCGGUCAGAACUGGCCGUACUACCAAAGGCCCCUGGAGCUCGCGUUUCACAAGGAAGACGUGGCUGCGUGGGAGGAUAACCAGAGAACUAUCCAACGUGUGAUCUUCGCGUCUGUCAACACGGACUUUGGUCAGCGGUUGAUGCAACACACUGACGGGACUUCGAUGUGGGCGUUCCUGUGCAACCGGUUUGAUGGCGCCGUAAAUGGCCAGACCCGAGCUCUAACCAAGCGACGACUGUACGCCGAACUGGAGGCGGCACGAUGCAAGUCCAACAGUGACAUUGAGGGGCAACUCAACUCCAUGAUCCGACUGCGGACACGGCUUCAUGCCGUUGGAAUGGCACUCGAUGACACAGUCUUUAGCGGGAUGCCAGUGUCGUCUCUUCCUGCAAGGGAUAGGUUUGAUCGUCUGCGUGGGCUCGUGGAGUCCGGGCUCGCCUGCGUUGAUAUGCCUGAGAAGAUGGACGAGAUGGCGAUCACGUAUGACAAGGCCAACAAGGCAGAUCUGCUCCUGUCGCGCGCCUUUGGCAGCAACGACCGCUCGCCAAACCCGGCCCAGCAGAACCAGCCGAGGACCGGUGGUGGUGGUGGCAACGGAGGCCCCAAAGGGCCUGGAAACACCCAGCGGGAGGAGAGGACCGGAAAGUGCUUUGGCUGCCACAAGUCUGGACACGCACGACGAGACUGCCCAAAUGAAGGAAGU